UGAAGUGUCAUAAUGCACUCGUCCUUUUCAUUUGUGUUUACUGUUGCCGCCGAACGGAAUGGCGUUGACCAAAACCCAAGAGAAACAUGAGCAUGACUCCCGGAUUCUGCCAAGAAUGGACUAUGCUUCUUCAUCGGCAGUUAUAUUCUGGCUGUUGAUGACUCUGAUUUCAUUCUACUGUGUAUUCUACGUUAUUGCUAGCCUAGUUCAUGGAAUCUUCAAGUUAAAAAACUUUGAUGGCACGAUCCCAUUCCACUAUAAAAGCUACGAAGCCAUUUUUACAAAUUCUACAAAGUGGGAGUCGCAGCCUUUCAUUAGUGACUUCAUCGCUCUGGAGUGUACAUAUUUCUUCUCUACCUUCGUAUUUCUUGUAUUCCUUCGGGAUAGGUUAUGGGAUUUUGCCAUCACUGUGACUAUUAUUCAUUGUGCAAUCACAUGUGCAGUUAAUGUGAGUUUCCCUCUGGUUUGGGAAUGGUGGAUCUGUAUCCUGUCAGGGCUAGUCAUCACCAUUGCCUUUGGUCAACUCAUUAAUCAGAUUCUACAUCUCAAGAAAACUGGAUCUUUCAGUCUUGGAACCAGGUCAUCAUGAAAGCAGGAGGAAAGAAAAGGUCUAUAGCUGAAUUGGCGGCUACGGUUAGGGCUAAUUGGCGGCUACGGCUAGGGCUAAAACUACCUUUAAAAUGUCAGAUUUCUUCUAAGAUUUCUCAUCAAAUCUAAGGUUUUUAAAACAAAAAAUUCAUUGCCAUUUGAACAUUGUUCUAUUUUCUCCUUGAUCAAAUUCAGAACAUUCAGUGCCAUAAGAACAUUGUAACAUAGUCAUACUCUGAUCAAAUUGUAUAUUUUUCAAAGAAGGAUUAAGAACAAAAUGCAGUUUUAAAUAUUCGUAAUAAAGUUUGAAGUACACCUUUGAACCCUUGCUAGAUUUGCUUUAUAUUUAUAAAUAUUUAAAAAUUAUAGUUUAAAACUCAAAGUUUAGAAUCAUCUCUGUUUAACUUUGAACAGUAAACUUGUACAGGUAUUUUUUCCCCUGUAUGUUGGGCAAAUUUUAUAUGUAUAUUUUUCAGUUGAUCUCCUGUUGCAGUUAAGCUUUCACGUAAGGUUUUACUGUAUUUUUAUUGGUAACGAUUAGAGCUCGAAUUCGGUAGAAAAAUCAACAAGACUGGACAGGUUGUAGCUCAAAUAUAUUUACCGGACAAGAAAUACGAGUAAUUGUACAAAAAUCCACAAGACUGUUUGGCCUUGUAGUUGUAGCUCAAUUACGGUAUGUUAACCAGAAAUGUUUGUAAAAGACUAAAAUCAAAAUGAGGAAAAAGAUCCUGAGGCCUGACAUAAUUUAUAUGCAUGUUUCUUUUAAACAAUUAAACACAAAUAAAAGACAAUUUAAGAGAUAUUUAUCUCUUUUGUCUCAAUGUGUAUUCAGUUUAUCUUAAUACUCAACAAAAUGUAAAGGUUUUUAUCAGACUCGCUCAAAGUCAUCAUUUGAGCAAAGUUUGUUUUUGUUAAAUUUAUCACGCAGUGAGGUGUUCUUACCACCAAACUCGUCUGGUCAUCAGUUUACUUUCCCAUCACUAAAACCACUGGCCUUGGAUCUGCUACACAGUGUCAAAUUCAAAUAAACAAAUGUUUCUAGAUUACAAAAGGGUGUGAUAAGAUUCUCAUUCACUUAAAGCCAUUAUACACUUUCGGUAAACAGUAUUGUCCAAGUCCCACACUUCGUGUAUCACAACUUAUGUA